AUGGAGCUGAGUGGAGUGGCCGUGGCCCUGGGGCCCACCGGCCAGCUCCUUUUAUUCCUGUGCUUCAAGACCCUGGCCGCCCAGACUGCAGACACCUGUCCAGAGGUGAAGCUGGUGGGUCUGGAGGGCUCCGACAAGCUCUCCAUCCUCCGAGGCUGCCCGGGGCUGCCCGGACCCGCAGGGCCCAAAGGAGAGGCAGGUGCCAGUGGACAGAAGGGAGAACGAGGUUCUCCCGGAAUCCCUGGGAAGGCCGGGCCAACCGGGCCCAAAGGUACCAAAGGAGACCGAGGGGAAAAGGGCGUGAGCGGAGAGAAAGGAGAGCCAGGGCAGCUUCAUUCCUGUGCCACAGGACCUCGGACCUGUAAGGAGCUGCUCACCAGGGGGCACUUUCUGAGUGGCUGGCACACCAUCUACCUGCCCGACUGCCGGCCCCUGACCGUGCUGUGUGACAUGGACGUGGAUGGCGGGGGGUGGACCGUUUUCCAGAGAAGGAGAGACGGCUCUGUGGACUUCUACCGGGACUGGGCCACGUACAAGCAGGGCUUCGGCAGUCAGCUGGGAGAGUUCUGGCUGGGGAAUGAAAACAUCCACGCGCUGACCUCCCAGGGAAGCAGCGAGCUGCGGGUAGACCUCAUGGACUUUGAGGGCAACCACAAGUUUGCCAAGUACCAGUCAUUCAAGAUGGCGGGUGAGGCGGAGAAGUACAAGCUGGUCCUGGGAGCCUUUGUCGAGGGCAGCGCAGGUGAUUCCCUGACGCCCCACAAGGACCAGUUCUUCUCCACCAAAGACCAAGACAACGACCAGAGCUCCUCUAACUGUGCGGUGCAGUACCAGGGGGCCUGGUGGUACGGCAGCUGUCAUUCGUCCAACCUGAACGGCCGCUACCUCGGGGGGCCGCACACGAGCUAUGCCAAUGGUGUCAACUGGAGGACGUGGAGAGGGUACAACUACAGCUACAAGGCAUCCACGAUGAAGGUGCGGCUCACCUAG